GUAUGUCCCUGUUUGCCCUGCUGUUAGCACAACGAACAUCCCUCCGCACCGUGCUGUUGCCGCGGAUAGGAUCGUCCGCUCUUCCGGCAGCAACUAACAGUAUGCUGCAUGCAGCUCUAAUGUUCCCAAAUGCCACCCAGAGCACCAGCACUGCCGUCCCCCCACCAUGUGCACAGCGUGGAAUUUUCGUUGUGUUUGUGCCCGCCUUCUGCCUGCGGGUCUCGUCGCAGCGUUGCACUUGCAAUUCCCUCUACCUGCUGCAGACAUGGCGAUCGUCUACGAUCGUGGGAUCCGAGCGGCAGCGGGACACGACGACGUCAGCGCCAGGCGCGCCGCGCAAAGGAAAAUAGUGUAUAACAGAGAAGGAAAGAAAAAAAAAAGGCGGCUGCAAUGCGGUGUAAAGCGGCGGCCCUGCGCAGGGGCUGCCGCAGCGGACGGGCGCUGCCGCCGUCGAAUAGCCGCAGGCGAUUGGUCCGUUGAUGCUGGGCCGCGGCCCGGGCGGCGGAGGCAGCGGCUUAGUCAGCGGUUCGGCCCGUGGUCGGGACGUCGGCGCGUCGGCGCGUCGGAAAGCCGCUACAGGAGGCAGGGAGGCGCGGCUGAGCCCACGCCGAUAUCUGCUGCUAGGGAGGGAGAAGGGAAGAACGGAAGGAUAGAAAGAAGAGGUAGAGAGGAGUGGGUGGAUAGUGUGUACAAGUGUAUAUUAAUUAGACUAGAGUGUAUAAGGAGGUCGUGCAUUAGGAAGUGCGGGGGACCGAGCCGUGGUCCCGAGAGCAGUGGGGCCGAAACAUGAAGAAGGAAAAAAACGUAAACCGUACAGGGGGAAGGACAAGGGGAAAAUAAAAGAAACGAAAUGAAACGAAAAAACGAGGAGCAAGUUGCA